UUCCAGCUCCUAGUGUCAAUCUACGACGAAGAUGAUAGCAGUUCAGACGAUCACGUGGACGACGUAUACGCCGAACACAACCUCAGCCCUGGGGGCGCCAUCUCUGAGACAGAAUACGUAGGUCACCGUGGCAACUCUCGUAUGGCCUUCUCCUUUGAACUCGCCUGCAACCAAAACUUCUACGGUCAGUCCUGCGCCACGU